AUGGAGGAAGAGAAUGAAUCAUUUGCAACAACAGAGGAGUAUGCUGUAGAGCAUUUGCGUGUCUCUGUUGCCCAUGUUUUAACUAACAUAGGCUUUUCUGCUAUCAACGAAGAAUCUCUGAACAUACUUGUUGAUAUUAGUCGCAGAUUCAUGUCGUCAUUAUGCGGAAAAACAAAAUUUUAUGCAGAACACGCUGGACGUACCGCAGUAACACCAUGUGAUUUAUCAUUAGCCUUUCGUAGAAUGCAGUUUUCAUCAGUGGAGCUGUAUGAUUAUUUAGAUCAAGUAGGAACUGUGCCUAAAUUUCCUGUGCCUUUGCCGAAACUACUGCCAAUUUUGCACCCACCACCUACUCGUGAGGAACUUAUGACCCGGCCUGAGCAUAUACCGAUGCACUAUCCACGUAUGUGGACACCAAAAAAAAGUUUGUUCUGUGAAUGUUAUGAUUUGUAUAGUAUAUGUUAUUCAGACGAAGAUUUCUUGGCUGUUAAAGCAAAGAAAAACCCAAAUUCUAUACCCAAGUUUCCUGAUUUUACAAAUUCAAAUGCAAUGGAUCUGAAUCUGGCAAGAUCAAGGAAUAGAAUUGUUAAAAGAUCUCCAACUCCUGACGCAUUCAUAUCUUCAGGCAAUACUAUGAUACUGAGAACAUGUUUGAAAGAAAUUCUCUUUUUUUUAGUUCGUGAGAAAAUUUUGCCUGAGAAGCAGUAUGAACCGCCUAUUAUCAUCGAGGCACCAGCUGGAUUAUUAAAUCAAAAGAAAAAGAAACGAGAUUAUAAUAAGAAGGCUAAACCACCAAAAAUCAAACCGAAGGUUCUCCCCAAGAAGAUCGAGAAAUCUCCUCAGACUCCGAAGAAGACAAAAACUGUUUCUUCUCCAGUUUCGGCUGUUAAACUGGAAGAAAAAAGCAAAAAUGUGCUCACAAAGAAUACUCCAACUAAGCCCGUUGAUAGUGUUUCAACACCAAAUUCUGGAUCGUCAAAUGAUUCAAUAUCUAAUAGCGAACCUUCAGCUCCAACCAGCGAACGAGUAGCCGCAUUUACUGUAUGUGUAGAUCGCUACCGUGGGGCUGAAAACUCUGCAGCUGAAACCGCACCAAAAACGGAGAAGGAUGGAAGUGACAUUGAAGCACGCUAUAAACGGGAUAUGGCCGAGCAGGCUGAGUUAGAAGGGAAAAUGCAACUCCAAAUGUUGAUGGAAGCGAAAACCUAUCGCCCAUCAGAACCUAGUCCGCCUAUGCGCUUAGAAGUAUCAAGUACUUCUGCAGAUGGCUUAAAAAUUGUGAUAAGCAAUUCUCAAAGAAAUUGCAAAAACUCAUCGGGUCGAUACAGUACUAAUACAACAAUCUCACCUCAUUCUGAUAUGGAAUUCAACGAAGAAUGCACUAACCCUCCAAUAGAAGAAGCAUUUGUGGAUGAAGGAUGCAUCACCGAAACGCCAUCGCCUGUCUAUACGUAUUUUGAUGCUAUAAAACCGGGAAGGUUUUCUGAUACCAUGACAACGCUCUCCAUGGAUGCCGACUCAUUUAGUGAACAAAUAGAAGAUUGGCCUUCAAAGAAGCAUAAAAAGCAUAAAAAAGAGAAAAAGCCAAAGAAGGAGAAAGAGAAGAAAAGUCAUAAGAAGAAUAAUGUUGUGGAGAAGAAAUCAAAAACGAAAAAGAUUGAACCACCCGUUGAGAUUACCCCCAAGUCUGAGCACAAAAUCAAAUUAAAAAUCAAAUUGGCAGAAGGCCAACCAUCCUCCACUGUUUGCUCAUUUAAUGAAGAGAAACCUCCCCUACCCGAUUCUACUGUAAAACUGCGAAUUAAAUUAAAGGAGGAGAAAAGAGAAGACAAUCUCAUUAUGAGCGCUGAAACCGAGAGAAAAGUUCCAAAGCUCAAAAUUGGAUUGCCUAAGAGUAGCGAGCCAGUUCCUGAACCAGAACCUUCUGACAUUAGUGCGCCUGAGCGAUCGAGUCGAGCAACGAAAACCAUGGCAAAGUCAAACGGAGAUUUGAAGGAAAAACCUGAACCUGUACAGGAAGUUGACGCGUCAACCAAACCGCGCAAAAGGAAGAGUUCAGCCACUUUCAAUCCAGAAAAAAAACGCGUCAAAGACUUCAUGAAGAGAGAGAAACCAAAGAUGAAUGGAAAAGAACCGCUCACGGAUAAUGAUGACGCGAAAACGGUUGAAAGCGCCGAUGAGGAGAUAUGGAUAUGUCCAGCAUGCUCAGUCGCCUGGACAGAAGGUGCCACAAUGAUUGGCUGUGACAAUUGUGACAAUUGGUUCCAUUGGCAUUGUGUUAACAUCACUGAAGCGCCGGAUGAACAGCAAGAAUGGUUCUGCCAAAAAUGUAAGAACAAGAAAAUGAAAAAAACGAACCAAUCGAAGAGCAGAAGAAAAUGA